GGCCCGUCCUCUGUCUCCAGCGGGUGUGCGGGGAGAGCCAUAGACCGCAGCCUGCUGGUAAUAGAAGCGGAUACCGGAGCGGGGAGGAGAGCGGGCCGGCGCCAUGUCUAUGGAGGAUCCGUUUUUCGUUGUGAAGGGGGAGGUGCAAAAAGCAGUGAACACGGCCCAAGGCUUAUUUCAGAGGUGGACUGAUCUCCUCCAGGACCCCUCCAUUGCUACUCGAGAAGAACUGGACUGGACUACCAAUGAGCUGCGCAAUAACCUGAGGAGCAUUGAAUGGGAUCUGGAAGAUCUUGAUGAGACCAUCAGUAUUGUAGAAGCCAAUCCCCGCAAGUUCAGUCUGAAUCCUGCAGAGAUGAGGCAGAGAAAAGCUUUCAUCAGUGAAACGCGGCAGUGUGUUAAGGAAAUGAAGGAUCAGAUGACCACUCCAUCUGUUCAAGCCCUAGCGGAAAAAAAGAACCGGCAGGCGCUCUUAGGAGAAGGUGCAAGACCAGGCUGGAAGUCCGAACCGGACAAAUACAAUAAAUUGGAUCAGGAGAUCCAAUCGGCCAACACGCGGUUUCUUGAUGGACAAGUGACGCAGCAGCAGAUGAUUGUGGAGCAACAAGAUGAAGAGUUAGAGUUGGUCUCUGGCAGCAUCGGCGUGCUGAAGAAUAUGUCACAUCGCAUUGGCAAUGAGCUGGACGAGCAGGCAGUGAUGCUGGAUGACUUCUCACAUGAAUUAGACACGGCACAGUCUCGCAUGGAUAACGUUCUGAAGAAGCUGGCAAAGGUGUCUCACAUGACCAGCGAUCGGCGGCAGUGGUGUGCCAUUGUUGUGCUCCUUGCGCUGCUCCUGGUGGUGCUGAUCCUGUUUUAUGCACUGUGACCUGAACGCCGGUUCCUUCCGUGGGACAUUUCAUAAAUCCGUUUUCCCAGGGAACAAGGACGUUUUUCAGGUGUGAAGUGGCGUUGCUGUGACAGGUGGGCAUUUUGUGAUGUAUACGACAUUUCGGCUAGAAGCCAUUGCAUCAUCUACAUACUUUAUGGUGCCCCAGGGUCUCGGGGCACGUACCACGUGCGGAGUGCUCUACCACGAGGUUCCUCGCCGUUCCCCAAGCAGUCUACCCGCUGGAUUACUGCUGCCGUGUUUUCCUGCCUCUCUUCCGAACGAGCCGUGCUCAGACCUGCCUGCCGGGUGGAUCUCAAGCAAUGCGGAGACCACUGACUCCACGAGUGGGCAGCUUUUCAAGGGGAAGCCUUAAACCACGUGGGACGUGCUGGCGCUGCGCAGCGAUCUGCUUAGCAACCGGUUUAUUUCUAGGACUCUGGGAUAAAUGACUGUUUCUGGGAGAAUCCAGCCACAAGAUGUUUACAGCUGACGGCCUUGAGGUGGAUUGGCUUGUGGAACACCCCAGAUUUAACUACAUCUCGUUAUACGCCCCCUCACUCCUUUCCGUUAGGCCUACCGAAGCCGAACCUUACUCCCCGGCGUUUGCAAUGCAUUUCCUCAGCUGCUAUGAUUAGGAAGAUUAUUACCGGAACCGUUUGCAUCUUGACUGCGGAUACUUUAAGAUGGAUAUCAGCCGUGUGAACACUGCAUUAUGAAGGAUUAUCGGACCUGUGCGGAUACUACUGAACCUGCGUGCGUGACAGGCAGGCCCUUUUGUGUCGUCUUGUACUUCUCGAGCCCCCUCUCCACAUCACGGUCCUUUGUCUCAAGCGUCUUUGUAGCCUGCCUUGUGUCUUGAUCUCUUUGUUUUACUGAAUGCGGUCUGUUCCUGUCGGUUUGUACCAUAUGUGUGGCAGUGAACCACGAUCUAUUGAACCAGGCGCUAAAUGAAUUCCAAACGUUGGGAACGCGUCAGCGGUUCCCUGCACGUCAAUCUGUUUUCUAGCAGACCUCUCCUGCCACGGGAAACGAUUGAGCACGCUAUGUGUCCAGAUCCAGAUUUUAACGUGUUUUAUAUUUUUUUAAUGAUUUUAUUUCAGUAUUCACCACAUUGCAUCAUGGCGCGGUGAACUGAUUGGAUGCUAAGAGGAACAUUGGAUUGGUGCUCAGACAAAGGGGGUCUGCUUUUGGUAAAAAAAAAAAAGAUCUAAAAGUAGAAAUGUACCUUUUGCAGUAGUGAUUGAAGCACAGGAGGGCUUACUUGGCAGGGCGUUUAUUAUUGUCUAUGGCUAACCUCCGGCACUCCAGCCGUGGUAAAACUACAACUCCCAAGAUGUACACUUGCUUGGCUGUUCUCAGAGCUCCAUAGAAAUGAAUGGAGCAUGCUGGUAGUUGUAGUUUCACCACAGCUGGAGCGCCGGAGGUUAGCCAUCACUGGUCUAAGAUUAAAUCCCUGAGUGACUGGAGUCUGUUUCUCCAUUGCAAAUCGUAUACUAUAUGUAAAGUACAGUGAUCCCUCAGGAUACAAUAUUUUCAGCAUACAGUGGUCUUUUCUGACCCAUCGUAAGUUGAAAC